AUGGCACCCGCAGUCGCGCCAACGAUUAAUAUCCAGAUCCCACAGCUCGCUAUCACAGAUGUGGAUUCUUCAAGACCUCAGACACCAGUGUCCAUACUGGACGCCGAGUCGGUACCGACUUCGCCUACAACUAAGCGCAUGGACUCCCUGAAAGUCGACGACAUUCCGGCAGGUUGGCAGCGUAAACGUUCGUCGUCAAUCUCCACAAUGGAGACCCUGCCUACUUACUCCGGGCCCGGCAGCCCUACAAGGCAAUUCGGUAGCCGGAACAGGAGUAACUCCAUGACACCUUCUGUUUACUCAGAAGCUCCGUCAUAUCGCACAAUUCCAGAGGAUCAUGAUUCGACGGUUUAUCACUUAUAUAGAAUCGGUGGACCCCAGGGCGGGAAUAUGUCGAUUCAUGAAGUUGCGGAUAAAUCAUUGGGAGCUUUACCUCGAGCUACUUUUGCAGAUGGCACACAAAGACCUACACCGGGUUGGUGGUCGCGUACUUGUGGUGCUGUCAAUGUUAGGACCGCCAGGCGGCCUGACCAUCCAAAAUUCGAUCCAAGAAUGGCGGCGUACUUUGUUCAUAAACCUAGUCUACCCGUUGGAUGGAAGCCGCUCCCAUAUACUCUGCGGGCUGGGCCUAAUAGACACUCUCCCAUUUCUUGCAAAUUCGAUGGUUCAUUUGCUUGGCGCAAAUGGGACUUCGAUUUUGAAGAUAUCAAUGGCGAGGGGGUUGUCGACGAAAGAGGAGUAGUUGCAGAAGACUACCCAAGGAAAUUUAGGAAGCCUGGAUGGAAGAAGGCUUCAGAUAUUGGGAAGGAUGCUACCGAAGAAGACCAGGAUGAAGCUGAGAUGCUGAAGGAAAAGAGCCUGGUUGGUCCCAAGAUCAAGAGCUCAUGUCUCUGUUCGUCUAUUAUCAACGCUGUAACCAAAAAGAUGGGCGAAAGAGAAUCGAGAAAGAAAGCGGAAACUGCUAAAGGUUCAAAAUCAACAUCGGAGAAACCAAAGGAUAUAAUCGCACCGGCACCCAUCCUCCCAGUGCCCGCUAUUAGUAUAACUGGCGAUCCCCGAACAGAGGCGGAGAAAGGAGCAUUGGCUCCGAAAGAGGAGACACCAGGAGUGGCCUCAAAACCAACGUCCACUACACGAAACACACCAACCCUAACCAUUGAUACAUCCAAGGUCUGCGAAAUAACACCUCCACAUACUCCUUCGACCCCCAGUCAUCCAGACAGAGUCCAAAUGAUCUGGGAAAAUAAACUUGGACGGCAAUAUUCUUUUACAUAUAAAGAUAUCAAAUUUUCCUGGAAAGGAACUUCAACUCUCAAGGACGAGCAUAAUAAAAAAUGGGGUGCUUUGAACAGAUACAGCCACCUCAAACUCGUAGCCGAACUACCAGGCGAGACAGAAGAGACGCCAGUAACGCCAAUAACACCAAAAUCUCCAAGGUCUCCUUGCCUAAGUCCAGACGAUGCUGAGAAGCCAGGUUUCCUACUUCGUCGAAGAUCCAGUAUCUCAAGCAUUACAAGUAUAUUUUCAAAAAAGUCAACGACGGCCCCAAAGAAAGAGCUCGUGGUAGCCACAUACACCUGUACCUGGGGUAAGCGAAAAGCGGGGCGAUUACAUAUCGAUAAUACCUCUAUCGAUAAGCUCGUGCAGCUUAUCGUUGAUGCAUCACCUGUCCCGUUUUCACCGCUACCUAGACGAAGAUCUAAUUCAAAUUUUUCUGGAGACCAUUACCUCUCUCCAGACUCGUUCUCGCCUCCAACUAAAAAGCGUCAUGCGCAUGUUUUCCCAACUCCCAAGCUCCCGGAUUCUCCAGCCCCGGUCGAUGUCUUUGAAAGAAAGCGACUAAGGGAGUUGACUGUUGUCUCAUGUGUCGCCAUGGCUAAUGGGGAACAAGAAAAGAGACACGCAAUAAUUGAGAUGACAGCGUUACUCGCAGAGAUUGCGCAGAAUGUCGCCACUGGUUGA